UUCGUGUAAACGGAAGUGACCAAAAAGUAUUUCCACGUUAGCAUUGUUAUUUAGACGUGUAUUAACACCAUGAAACUCAAAAUAUAAGUCCUUUAACUGCAUAGCGUCACAUACUUACCUAAUGUAGUUUUAAAUUCGUGUUGGUGCCAGGACUUGGUUAAUAUAUAUUAUAUAGGUAACGCUAACUAGGUAGCUGAUCGCGUUAGCUAACAAUGGCUAACUGUAACGGUAUGGUUUUUCACACUCAAAUUGCCUCCAUUAUGGAGGUGCUAGCGAAUGCAGCCGUGGCAGAGAUCUGUAAACUCGUAGACGACGACUAUGCAGUGUUUCGUUUGGAAAUGUCUCAAAGCCAGAAAGAAAACAGGACAUUGCGGAGGAAGCUACAGCUAGUGGAAAUGAAGGUGUCACGUGAGCGCGCAGAGGGGACAAUGCGAGAGCGCGCCCUCGCCAGUCGCCCCAGUAGUGUCAAGAUCCUCGACCGAUACAGAGGAAUGGCAAGAGGUGAAGGACAUCUCACUGGAGGCCACAGGAGCUUUGUGAAGCCAGCGGGACACAAUACAUGGAGAGAUGACCAACCAAUCAGUUUUGAUGAGGGGAGUGGAACUUCAACCCAGCACAUUAUCGUGAUAGAGUCUGCAGAUACAGAGGCUGCAGGUCCUGGUGUCAAGCAGGAGAAUUCUGAAGGAGAGGAGGACCCGCGGCACAGCAGAGACAUCCAGACUGAAGUGGCUGGAGUGCCCCCUGUAGCCACGGAGGUCCCCAACGCCGCCCCAGUGCCGCCCAGGACCCGAGGUAACAUCACGGAGGAGGAGGGUCCAGAGGUGCUGCUGGUGAAGGAGGAGGGGUGUGAGGAGGGUCUGGGGAACCCUGAGGGGACCAUGGUCAUGGAGGACAACCAGACUACUCCUACUCCUGGACCGACAGAGGAUUCAGCUGAGCAGCACAGGAUCACACACAGUCUCACUGAGUCAGUAGACAUGGAGGAUGGGAAGCCUGAUCUGCUGCUGGUCAAACAAGAGACAAUAGAAGACGGACCAGAGAGCAUUGAUCUGCUGAGUGGACUACAGAUGGGGGAGCAAGGUGGUUGGCUGGAGGCUAACAGAGAAGACUGGGCGGCCAUCUUGGAUUCCCAGACCCAGACGGGUGCAGCCAAGGGCCCAGGGUACGACAUCACCGAGCAGGCCAGGACCAGAGGCAACAUAGUGGAGGUCAAUGUAAGGGACAGCGUCCUCAACUAUGGGCUGGGGAACAACACUGUUAACCAGAAACAGAGAGUGGAACACAAAAUAACAUCCGAACUUAGUCUCCAUAAAAAUCUGGCUGAGACCAGGGCGAGACGUAGAUUUGGUCUGCAGGGACAGGGCGGUGUCCAUAUGCAGCUGGAGAGAACAGACACAUACUCGGCUAGCGAUGCUCCCUCCUGCUCCUAUAGUUGUGAUUCAGAGAGACGGGUGGCGCCUCAGGUUGACCCCCUAUCAGGUGCUGCCUUCAGCCUGCCUUCUAUAGGAUCUAUCAACUGGAACAUGGACCCUGUGACAACACAAACACUCCCUGGCCUUCAUCCUCCUCACACUCUCCUAAUGUUAAACCAGACCUCAGACAAUGCCAGUGCAUCAACCCUAAAUGGCAACACCAGCCCAUUGACAAAUGACAGUAGUAGUAACACUAUCAGCAGAUCUGGUGGCAAAGAGAAGCGCUUCCCAUGUUCGUUCUGUGGGAAAGUCUUCCGUUUGCCUAAACAGGUGGAGAUCCACCAGAGGAUGCACACCGGGGAAAAACCGUUUGGCUGCCACCUGUGCCGGGCCAAAUUCUCACACUCGUCCAGCCUGAAGAGGCACCAGAGGGUCCACACAGGGGUGAAACCCUUCAGCUGUACCCAGUGUCAGACGCGCUUUGCUCAGGCUGGUCACCUGAAGAGGCACCAGAGGGUCCACACGGGAGAGAGGCCGUUCACCUGUACGCACUGUGGGAAGAGGUUCUCAGAGAAGAGCUAUCUCAGGAUACACCAGCAGAAAAUGCACAGGGCCCAUGUAUAGAGUAUUAUGUAGUUAGUUUGUUUGUAGUUCAUUCUGUUGGUUUUGGAUGUAGUAGGGAACUGGAUGAGGUGAACUGAGGAAAGAAUGAGUAUGAUUAAAUAGAUGAUAUGUCACACCUGCUCCCGCUUCUCUUCUCUGGUAUUUGAGGGCGCCAGGCUGCCCAUCAUUACGCAUACCUGUCACCAUCAUUACGCACAUCAGCACUCGCUGGACUCACCUGGACUCUGUUACCUUGUUGAUUUCCCCCUCCUAUAUCUGUGUUCCUCUGUUAGAUCCCUAUGUCAGCAUUAUUGUCGUUUUUGUUUUCCCCUGUCCAGACGCUGUCCGUAUUCUGUUCCUGUCCGUGUUUCAUUAAAUGUUCACUCCUUGUACUUGCUUCUCAUCUCCAGUGUCUGUCCUCACGAUAUGGUGAUGGUUGGUGUGAUGGUGUCUGUAAAAAUGCUUCACUGAUGAAGAGUGACAACCUUGUCCCUUUAGGUUGAUACGGGUGUUUUAUAGUGAGAUACGGAUGGUGCCUUAAUUCAUGUUUACUUGACAUGAAGUAGUGAAGAUGUGUGUAAUGUAAUGUUGAACCUUUUCCAAAGUAUUUUUAAAUAGAUUUUUAUCAAAGCAGGGGUACAAGAUUUACAGAAAAUGUAGUGUUACCAUAGUGAGAAAUGUUGUUAUACAUGUCACGUAUCGUUUUGUGCAAUAAAAGUACUGUACUUAAAAGUUAUGAGUACAUUACCAUUUUGUUGAAAUUAAAUACAAAAUUAACUCUA